UCGCACGCCGUCGCCGCGCCACCGUAUACGUCGGCGAUUCCCUUCGCAGCGUAUUUUCGUUGUGCGCGCCUGCCCGUCAUCAUCGAUCGCCGCUGCAGCCGACCCACCGCCGCCGCCGCCGCCGCCACCGAUACCAUUUUCACCGGUCCCGCGAAAGCUGACUGUCGCGCGCGUACGUCAGUCUCAGUCAUCGCCGCGCCCGAUUAACCACGAGAACACCACCCGACUUGCAGUUUACCCGGUUACCGAUUCGGGUCAAUCGCAUCCCUCGGCCGGUCGCGCCCCACUUUCCGUGAACAGACGCGCUCCGUUCCGCCGACCUACCCCGGAACCGCGCGGUCGCCGCCAUGGUCAAGCACAACACGGACACGAACGGCAUUGGGUACGAAUGGGAGUACGCCAAGGUGAAGGAUGACCGGACGAUAUGGCAGAAGAUCAUCAUGGGCAUUUACAACCCUAGCUCGCACGAGUUUCUCGGCCGGUCUGCCAAGAGUUGGGGAGGAAUUUUGCUCUUCUAUGCCGUGUUUUAUUCAAGUUUGGCAUGUAUGUUCGCCAUAUGCAUGAAAGUCCUACUAUCUACGUUGAACGACCAUACACCUCAUUUCACAUUGACCAGCUCAAUAAUCGGCACAAACCCUGGACUAGGAUUUCGACCCAUGUCUCCGAACGUCGAAGAUGGAUCACUAAUUUACUACGCAGCGGAUAAUGCAACUAAUGUAGAAGCAUGGACUAAUGAAUUAGAUAAGUUCCUAGCUGUGUAUAAGAACAAGACACUGUUGCCAGACAAAGGUAAUAACCAACAAAAAUGUGGUUACAAUAUUCCACCACAAAAGGACAAGGUUUGCGAGGUCAGCCUGUCAAACAUGGGACCAUGCUCAUCUGAAUACAAAUAUCAAUAUCCAAAAGCUCAGCCCUGCGUUUUUAUUAAGCUCAAUAAGAUUUUCGACUGGGAACCAGAAUUCUAUAAUAACAAGACAGACAUUCCAGCUGAUAUGCCCCAAGAACUUAAAGACAAAAUUGCGCAAAGAAUGAAACAUGAGUUAUUUACAAUAUGGGUCACCUGCGACGGAGAAGCGCCAGCAGACAAAGAUAAUAUUGGACCUCUAAAGUUAUAUCCACAGGACGGAUUUCCUGGCUACUACUACCCGUACAGAAACAAGCGUGACUACCUUAGCCCAUUAAUCGCCAUACAUUUCCUAAAUCCAAAAAGACAUACUUUGAUCAACGUGGAAUGCCGUGCCUGGGCCAAGAACAUAUUUUACAAACGCAGCUUGCAAAACCGUGAAGGUUCCGUUCACUUCGAAUUGAUGAUUGACUAAAGUUGCAGACUUUUAGUCGAUGAUAACGCCGCUAAACCAUUCGCUUUGUUCUCAGUUUGUUGAUGCAUCACAAAACACAGAACAUAGCCAGUUUAUUUUUAGUACUAUAUCGUUGUAUUGUUAAUUGGUUUAAGUGAAAUCCCAACAAAACGCGUUUACUCCUUUUAUAAAAAAUAAUAAUAACGUUAGGUAAUUUUUUUUUUUGUUUGGCUUAGGAAUAUGUCUUAAAGUUAAACAUACAUUUAUAUAUAUAUUAUAUAUAUUAAUAUUAAUAAAUAAAAUAAGAGCACAGAAAAGUUAAUUGAUAUAUACUUAUAAUUCAAGCUUAAAAAAUGCUGUGCAAAUUCACAGUUAUACGAUAUGUAUUAAUCUGACGACUUCAAUGAUUAUCACUGCCUAUAACUUUUUUUUUAUCAUACUCCGUAAAUAGGUGUAGGUACCUAUAGUGAUUUUUACCAUAAAUAAUGUAGUUGGUUCGUUUAAUUCGUUCGGCUUGUUUUUAUAAGCAAAUUCGGAUACAACCAAUGCAAGGUAGGCAAUCUAAUGAUAAGAAGUAGGAACACUAAACCCAAAUUUUUCAUCAAAAAAAAAAUUAAAUAAAUAAUUAUAAUUAUGUCAUUUGAACUGUCAUUUAAACUAUUUACACACCGUCGUCAGUCUAAUUUUUCACUUUAAAUAUAGCCGUCACCAUAUGCGGAUAUUUGGAAUUUUUGGGGAGGGGGGUGGACUAUUAUUAUUAUUAUAUUUUAGCAUUACUUAAAGUAAAAGAGCCCGCACUCUUAUUACAAUUUAUAUAGCUCAUGGAUAAUGAAUAUUUGAAGGGAGGGAAACAUUGGAUUUUUGGUGAGCUAAGUCCCCGGAUGCUCCUACAUCGAUAGGUCCAGGAUACCUAGUGGCGAUAUUUCGGGUUUGAUGGGGAGCAAUAUUUUUACCGAGUCUUUUACAAAAAUGAUAAAAUAUUAUGUUUGUCCCACCCGCGUUUUUGAUUUUCACUAUAUAGGUAUUUUGUAUCAUCGACUUUCAUUGCGAUCGUUGGAUAUUUGCCUAUCAAUGACUGCAUAACGUAAACAUAUUUUAAUACCAAUUACAACAACUACAGCCAAUAAUAUUAAGAAUAGCAUUUUAAUACGGGUAAAAUAAUAUUAAAUUAUAUAAAAACAUUUUUUUUUCUUACGGAGAGACGCCGGAGUCCGACCAGCCAAUCCUAAAGAUUCGCAUUGCAAGCCUUAAAAAAAAUAACACGGUCAAAUCCACCCCUUCUCCCGAAAUGACGUGAUGGAAUGUACCUACCCUGUACUCCAAGUUUCUUGUCUAGGUGUUUUUUUCACCUUUAUAUCCCAUCAGUCUCACCUCGCGCACAGUCGCGUGUUUUGUGUUUAUUUGAAACUCGUAAGUAGGGAAUGUACGUCUCGAGUUUUGAGAUGUUUUAAUGUUUUCGUGUCAGUAUGACGUGAACCGUGAACUAAAUAUAUAGUAUUAUGCUUUUUUCCCCUCCCGUAGUCGAGUGAAAAAGUCUUAGCAAUACGCAAUACUAUAGUAUUGUAAAAAAGUUUUACAACUUGCGACUUAUAAUAAAAUAUUAUAUUAUUUAUGUAUAAACAUAAAUUUAUACUUGUAAAUUAGAUUCGGUGGGAUUCAUUAAUACAUCCAUUUCAGAACUCCGUCGAUACAUAUUAAUAAUUAUAGGCAGUGUUGGGUUGAAUGACUUUUUAAAGUAAUUUCGUUACGGAAAUUUGUAAUUUACGUUACGUGUUGUAUUACGUACUUAAGGUAGGUAUACCCAACUCUGAUUAUGGGUAGGUACUAUGGAACAGAAUAAUCGCAUUUGAGAAAAUUACUAAUUACCUAUAAAAUAUUAUUAUUUUUAAUAAACAUAUAUAGGUACUUGCCUAUUUAAUCGUAAUAUUUUUUAAGCUAUCGUUGUAAUGAUGUAAUAACCAAAUUUAAUAUUGAUUCUCGUAAUUAUUAUACAUACAUUCGACACUAGAUUAAAGUUUAUAGCUAUUACAUAUAUAUAUAUAUUAUUACAUUAAGGAAGUUAUUGAUUAUUUAAAAUUUUAAUAUGUUGAUGUAGAGAGCUAAGUAAAAUUGGAUAUUCUAGUGGAAUAUAGAGUGUUUUUAAUCGUAUAAUUGUUAUACCUGUUUUGUUUUACGCGGUCGAAAGGAAUAUUAUAUUAUGUAAUUUUUAGGUACUUAUUAAUUAUGUAAGUGUAUAAUGUGUAUGUAAUAGUAGUGCGGCGGGCUGUGGUUGAUGAUUUUAUUAUUAUAUAUGUAAACGGAAUCAUAUAGAUUAUAGAACUCGUUAAUGUAGA